UUCAAAUAUAUAUUAUACAUUCCGUUAUGCAUAACGCCCAUCCAACAAAUUCACCUUAUGUCAAUGAAGCCAAUACAAAAGUAGUCACCAUGCUUGCAAAAGAAGCAGGUUUUGAAUCAAUCGAUCGUCAUACUUUAUCAUCCUUCUCAAAUCUACUUGGGACAUAUCUUGAAACUUUACUUAUAUCUACACAUUCCCUUGCAGAACUAGCCAAUCGAACACGAGUGAAUUAUCAUGACAUUCAACAAUGUUUUCAAAAGAAUGGUAUUGAUCUUUCUUCACUUGAAUUAUACUCUGAACAAUACAAUAAACAAAACAUUCAAGCCAAAGGCAAACAACCUAUACACAUUGAUCGAUCCAAAGAAACCACCAUUGAAAAGAUACCCGAAUUUUUGGCUUCGGAUGAAGACGAUGACGAUGAAGAAGAAGAUGAUGAUGAAAAGGACUCUGCUGAUGAAUCUAUACAUGGUGCGUCCACUUAUGUACCUUCUUAUUUACCACGGUUUCCAAGCAAACAUUCGUUUAGACAAACUCCCGUAUAUAUCGAUCGACCUGAUAACCCACAACGUGUACGUGAAUUGAACUCUCAACAAUCAAGAACUGUAGAAGAAAAUCUGAAACGCUUGAUGUCUGCUGAAAGUGAUAUUUUACGUCAACGGGAAUUAGGAUCCAAGGGUGCUGUUAGUCCACUGGCGGAUCUCAAUACUACACCCAUUGUCAAUUAUGAAACCAAUCUACAACGAAGGAAACGUGCAAAACGGGGAAAACUAGAAUAGAUAAUAAUAUAUUAGUUUAGUUGAUCGUCCAUCUUUUGUAUAUACUCUUUUUUUUUUUUUAUCAAUCUUCUUAUUAUUAUCAUUAUC